GUGGUUGCCGUGACGACGCGGCGCUCCCGUCGACAUUUUUCAGGAAAUGAAUUUAAAGAAAUGAGAAAUCCAGGAACCUGACCUUAAACCAGUCACGGCGGGGAGCAACAAAGUAUAAAGUCUCUUUAACUGGUGUGAAUGGUGUACACGCGGAGACGCUGGAGAUAACAUGUUAAUAAAAGAAUUCCGAGUCGUCCUGCCCAUUUCUGUUGAAGAGUACCAGGUGGGCCAGCUGUACUCUGUGGCAGAGGCCAGUAAGAAUGAAACAGGAGGCGGAGAAGGCGUGGAGGUCUUGAAAAACGAGCCCUAUGAGAAAGAUGGAGAGAAAGGACAAUACACGCACAAGAUCUAUCAUUUGCAAAGUAAAGUGCCGUCCUUUGUACGGUUGUUGGCUCCAGCAUCUGCACUCAAAAUUCACGAGGAGGCCUGGAAUGCAUAUCCCUACUGUCGCACAGUUCUCACGAACGAGUACAUGAAGGACAAUUUUCUAAUCAUGAUUGAGACGUGGCACAAGCCUGACCUCGGAGAACAGGACAAUGUUCAUAAACUUGACCCAGAACAGUGGAAGAAGGUUGAGGUAGUUCACAUUGACAUAGCCGACAGAUCUCAGGUGGAAACCAAAGACUACAAACCAGAAGAGGAUCCAGCCACAUAUAAAUCACAGAAGACUGGAAGAGGGCCAUUAGGACCUGACUGGAAGAAAGAACUUCCUCAGAAGACCGACUGCCCUCAUAUGUGUGCUUAUAAACUAGUCACUGUCAAAUUUAAAUGGUUUGGCUUGCAGAACAAAGUAGAGGGUUUUAUCCAGAAGCAAGAGAAGCGUCUGUUCACCAACUUCCACAGGCAGCUCUUCUGCUGGUUAGACAGGUGGAUCAACCUGACGAUGGAUGAUAUUCGUCGCAUGGAGGAGGAGACACAGAGGGCACUCGAUGAUAUGCGUGUGAAGGAUCCAGUUAAAGGGAUGUCUGCUGCAGAUGAAUAAAGUGUUGCAGCUGGGUCUAUGUCAUUCAAACAGCAGGAGUUCGUCCAGGUCCUGGUAUUGGACAGGACUCUGCGGUAUGAUUGGCUGCUCUCGCUCGCUCUCUCUCCUCAAGCUCCACUCCAGUAUAUUUUCUCUUUUCUCCACACCUGCGUCCAGGAGGUCUGGCAGCACUAUGCUAAAUCUCAUCCAGAGAUGUUUUUACACUAAUAAAUAAUGACAUAUUCUGUUUAGCCCUUCGGUUUUUCUGUUGUCCGCUAGCUUUUGUUUUGUUUCCAAAAAUACCAGUUUACUUAUUGUUUGCUGUUUUAAUGAAGCUGACCAACAGCACUUAUGUGUUUAAAUGAUCCUCACUACCUGAAUCACCAGCAUGUUUACUUGUUUUUCUAGCAAAUGUUAACAUUAUGAUGUAGCUGCCUCUGUUACGAGACACGCAGGUAAUCAUGAAUGUAUGAUACUUGAAGGUUACUGCUCAAUCAUACCUGACUAUUGCUUUCCAAAACUGCAGAUUUUUUGUGCAUUCAAAAAAAUGAAUCUGAAUAUUAAGACAUUUAUGUAAUAAGCAACGUUUACAAGAAUUAAAAUGACAAUCAAAAAUAUUAAGGGCUAAUUUAUUUCAGUGACUUAAUACACAUUGUCUACAGAAGGUCUUGAUCAUAUUUGGUUGGAUAUGUGUUAGCACAUGGUGAGAUGUGCAUUCUGCCUCUUAUACGAGGCUCAUGUUUCACCUUCCUUUUGGAAUAAUAAAACACUUUGGCCCUGUUUCACAAACAAGGCUUAGCUUAAGCCAGCACUAUGCCUUAGUUAAAUUAGGAAAUUUAAGUCACUUAAAAAAUGCUUUACUGGUAUGCAUCUUGAGACAAAACAAUGACACAGAGAUAUUUUAAGAUAUGUCAGGACAAGUUAUUUUCAGGUAAGAGCACUCAAAAAUUCUCUUUAGUCUGGGACUAAGCUUGAGCCUUGUCUGUUAAACCGGGCAUUUGUGUGUUUCCUGGUUUUGGAUCAAAUGUAAUACUUGUUUCUUAAACAUUAUCUGAAGAUAAUAUUAAAAGAAUUUAGAUUUA